CAAUUACUUAUAAAUAUUAAAUUUACAGACUCUGGAUCGCGACCCAUUUAAAAAAUAUUUUCAGAGUAAUGCGGAAGUACAAUAAUAAUCAAAUCAUGACACAUUUAAAAAUCUGAUGAUCAACAUUUGCCUGCCAUCCUUGCAUCUCCUCUGACUCAAUGCCCUCCGGGAGUGGUUCCAUCAUUGUCUUCUUGUUACCUACGUGUAGUCAACGAAAAAUACAAACUACACGCUCAGCGAAACCGCUGAGUGGUACCACGCUAGAAUUGUAGAAUGAUUCUCAGACAUAUACAUAUACAUAUAUAUACGUCCACAAAAUGUAUAGUAACAUUCAUGAUAUGACACAUAUUAUCAUAUGGUCAAUUUGAUGAAUCAUGAUGAUAAAUAUUUAAUGAUAAUUACCUGAUGGCAUAUUUAAUCAAUAUAAUUAUUUUUGAUGAUGAUUACAUGACACCUAUAUGACUUAUAUAUGCAUCACAUAUUUAUUUUGGGAUGAUUUCAACAUACGGAUUAACAUAUAUGUUCAUGUACGUAUAUGAUGAAUGAUUCGACAAGUCUAACGCAAGGGUACAGACCUGGAAAUCAUAGGCCGAAACCUUACGGAUGAGCGGGAGUGGAAACAACAUCGAAAUUUGCCAACUUUGUCAUUUCCGUCACAACUGGACAGCCUGCGGUAUUUUGGGCAUAUCUCCAUCGUUUCUUCACGGAAUUGUAAACCGUUUGAUUCUGUGGAUUCCUAAGAUAAACACAUGCCAACCCGAGGAGCUCGCCACCACUGGCGCAGUCCCGGUAUUUUGGCCAUAUCUUCUUCGUUACUUAACGAAAUCGCGAGCCGUUUGUUGGGCUGGAUUCGUAUCGUCCGGGGCUACAACUUUGGUUCAGAAAGUAUUUCGAGAUAAUGGAUGGAAAAUUUCAGUUUUUACCUAGAAGUGGGCUGCUGUGUUUGAACUCAGGAUUUUAGAACUUUAGAUGGUUUGUUGCUUCCUCUUCUUCUUCCUUGAACCAAUUAUGGAGUUUAAGCUUUCUUUUCUUUUCCUUUUGUUUGGCCGACAGAGAGAGAAAAUGGAGAGGGAGGAAUGGAUGA